AUGCCUUGUCGUCGCUGUCGGUCUAAGGGAUUGCGCUGUAAAAUGCUGCCCGGUUCCUUGGUUUGUGGAGAGUGUGUCGCGGUGGGCGGCACUCGUCGUUCGUGUAACGCUUCCGAUGAUGCGAUCUGUCAACUGGAACGUCUGAUGGUUGAAUCUCGGCGUUUGGACGAUGAGGAGGAAGAAACCGAGGAAUUGUUUCGAAAAAGGAUGGAGGCGCUGCAAAAGGCGCAGGCCGAAGUGAAUGAGACACUUGCGAAGUUGGAUCGUGUUCGCAAGGCUAAGCGAAUAGUGUUCAAAAAAGGUCGCAAGGAGACCUCGGUGGUGGCUGAAGAGGGGGUAGCGGAGCCUUCUCUUGCCGAGUCUUCCUUGGUUCUUGAGGCAUAG